AUGGUGCUGGAGACUGAGGUGGACGCUUUUAACACAACUGGAUUCAAUGGCGGAGGAACACAGUGUGGAGAGUAUACAAACCAAUUGACAGAGAAUGGUAUGUGUCGUAUUGUGGCCUCUUUGCCCCAGCUGAGGGGACAGAGGUGCCCUGACAUGUUCCGCUGCACAGAUGAAGUGUCGUUUUGGCUCCAUGAGAACGAGCAGCUGAAGAGGCAGCUGCAGACCCUCAGAGAGACCGUGUCUGAGAUGCAGGAAGAGCUCAGGAACCACCGGUAUCGCUUAAAGGUCCUGGAGCUACAGAGUGAAGAGAGGACUCACCUGAACAUGUCCCUUGAACAGAGACUUCAUGAUUUGGAGAUGCACUACACUGAGGCCACCAGUCUGCUGCACAUACAAGGCACCCUCAUACUCGACCUGCAGAACCAGGUCCAUAAUCUAACAGAAGUGGUGGACCGUGUUAAAAGAAGUCCUGGGUGUUUGGUCAAUGUCCCUCACCCCAACUCUCUGAUGAGUUCUCAUGAGUCUCAGCACCAUCCAGAAACACAGCACAUUAGGAACUGUCCAACAGACUGUGCCUCUAUUUACUACAAUGGAGUGAGGAGAUCAGGUCUCUACACAGUGGUGCUGGCAGGAGCUCCAGUGGAAGUCUUCUGUGAUAUGGAUACAGAUGGUGGGGGCUGGGCAGUGAUUCAGAGGAGAGUGGAUGGAACAGUGACCUUUGACCGGACCUGGGGGGACUACAGGGAUGGGUUUGGAGAUCUGCACUCGGAGUUCUGGUUGGGGAACGACCACAUUCAUGACCUCACCUCUCAGGGGGAGUACUUGCUGCGUAUAGACCUGGAGGACUGGAGCAAUAAACACAAACAUGCUAUCUACCAGAGCUUCAGAGUGGAGGAUGAGGAGCACCAGUACCGCCUCCAUGUCUCGGGCUUCAGUGGCUCUGUGCCUGACUCGUUUGGAUGGUACCACGACAAACAGAGCUUCAGUACUCCAGACAGUGGCAACAUCUGUGCGGAGAUCUCCCACGGGGGAUGGUGGUACAACCAGUGCUUUUAUGCCCACCUGAAUGGAAUUUACUACAGGGGAGGCCAUUACAGCCCUCGAGGCCGUGGUCCUCUGGGUCCAGAUGGGAUCGUGUGGCACUCAUGGAAAGACUCAGACUAUUAUUCUCUGCGUAAAGUCACGAUGAUGGUUCGGCCGCGCUCCUUCAGAAGCCAUGUGUCUCCUUAAAGCACUAAGGCAGUAAAGAGCAUUUUGAUAUUUUACACAUGUGGAUCAAGGAUUGAACUUCAUUUGUAGAAGGAAGUGACUGAUGAGGAAUGCACCUAUGAUAAAGACAUGGAGGAGACAUGAGUCAUGUCAAUUAUAUAACCUCAAAAUGCAUAAUGUAGCAGUAUUUAACUACACUAUUUCAGAGAAUGAAAUGUUUUUAUAUU